UUAGAUGAACGACUAAAACGUCCGUAUUUUGGCCACGAUUUUAGUUUAACAGUACAAAGUUACUGCAUUCUGCGAGGACAAAAUGAGGAAAUACAUAUAGACGUGCAUUCAUCAUUCCAAAGUUUAUGUCCAACUAAAUAGAGAACCCAUACAACAACUUUCUGAUGUGGAUUCAACCUCACUAAGCACACAAUUACAACAACUCGAUAGAGAUAAAAUAAUACUGCAAAUUUUCGCUCUUUUCGAGUCCCGUCGUUUAGUCAUUGUUUGAUGUUUUCAUAGUUCCUACAUUUAUGGCAGCACUGGAAUGCAUCUCCUCUAGCCAACAGGUCUCUCGCCAAUGUUUCACCCUCCCUCCGCUGGCCUUCCGAGAGAACUGCGUGGCUGUUCCCGCUAAAGUCCCCACUCCACCCAUCGCUCAAAGCGUUACAUCGAUGGGUCAGAAGAAGGCGUCUUUACCGAAUGUCAAAUACUAACGUAACAAAGUAACGUUAAACCAUUAAACAGCGGCUACGUGUGCAUAUUUAUCCCGUAUUCUCUACAUCAAUUAGGUCUAACACCAGACGACGGCUUUCAGUGUUCGGGCUUGUAACGGUGAAACAUGGACCCUCAGACUGUGUCGUCUUUGGGGCCAUAUGACUACGACCUGCUGGUUAUUGGAGGAGGUUCAGGAGGGCUGGCUGUGGCAAAGGAAGCUGCGGCGCUGAGGAAAAAGGUGCUGAUCCUUGACCUUGAGGCUCCAUCUCUAAGAGGCACCAAGAGGGAACUGGGAGGUUCCAGUCUCAACUUGAACAGUAUCAGGAAGUUUCUUCAACAGGCAUCACUACUGGGAAAAGCUAUUCAAGACUCUCAGAAAUAUGGCUGGAGGUUCAAAGAGGAGGGUGAUUUAGACAUGUGCCACAGCUGGAGUGAACUGGUGGAGGCUGUGCAGGAGCAGGUGAAGUCUCGCAGUUUAGAGCUGAAGAGAGAGCUGGAGAGCUGUGGAGUCUUUUACCUCAAUGCUGGUGGAGAGAUAGUGGCGCCCCACACAGUGCAGGUGACAGACAUGAAUGGGAGGAAGAGGCGUCUGACAGCAGAGACCCUCGUCAUCGCUACAGGAGACAGACCUCAGUAUCUGGGCGUACCUGGAGACAGACAGUACUGCCUAACCAGUGAGGAUCUGCUGUCCCUGCCUCACUCUCCAGGUCGGACCCUGGUGGUAGGCGGGUCUGCAGAGGGGUUAGAGUGCGCCGGCUUCCUGUCUGGCCUCGGACUGCCGGUCACCGUCAUGCUGCAACCAGACCUCCUCCCGGGGUUUGAUCAGAAAAUGGCACAGAAGAUAGAAAACCACAUGCUAGUUGCUGGAGUGGAAUUCCUUUAUCACUGUUCACUCGCCAAGGUGGAGCAAGCUGAAACUUGCAGUAAGGAUAUCCUUUCAGGUGUUUCUGCAGUGACACCACAGCAGUUGUCCAGGGAAAUGAGACUCAGAGUGACCAUUGUCUGCAGGGAGGGCCAAACUAAACAGGAAGACUUUGAUACAGUUCUGCUCUCUGUUGGGAGGAAGGCCUGCACCAGCAACAUCGGCCUGGAGUGUGUUGGGGUGCAGUGCAGCCAGGACAGUGGCAGGAUCCUGGUGAAUGAGAGGGAUCAGACCAGUGUAGAUCAUAUUUAUGCCAUUGGAUCGGUGCAGCAUGGUCGACCCACCACCACAGGCCUCUCAGUGCAUGCUGGGACGCUGCUGGCCCAUCGCCUCUAUGCAGGAGACAACAUCUUGUGUGAUUACACCAAUGUGCCCACUGUUGUGCUCACGCCGGUAGAAUAUGCUGCCUGUGGUCUGUCUGAGGAGAAAGCCAAUCUAACAUUUGGAGAAGCCACUAUAGAGGUGUAUCACAGCUACUACUGGCCACUGGAGUGGACUCUUCCUGCCAGGAAUAAAAACUCCUGCUAUGUUAAAGUCAUCUGUCACAUCCCUGACCAUGAGCGUGUGGUUGGUCUCCAUGUCAUGGGCCCCAAUGCUGGAGAUAUCCUUCAAGGCUUUGUUGCAGCAAUGAAAUGUGGUCUUACCAAACGACAGCUGGAUGCCACUGUGGGCCUCCAACCCGGGUCAGCCCAGGUGUUCACCUCAUUGACGCAAACUCAACGUAUGUCCGAGGCCUUGAUGCUGAGAGGGAACUGCUGAGGUUAGCUCCCUGCUGUCAAUCACGGUUGCCUAUGGCAACAGUAUAAGACAGCAGGGAAGUGCUUGCGAUGACACUCUGAGGAGUUGACAUCAGUAGGACGGCGAACUGACCAUCCAAUGACGUCUUCAUCUGAAACCUGAUGGACAGGCAGGUGGAGACUGAUGCUCUGCUGCUGACAUACUUCUUGUUUUGUGUCUGUUUAUAUCUGUACUGCUGUUUAGAUUUGCAAUUUUUAGGAACCUUUUACUUCCAGCAAACUUACACAUGUACAGUACUAUUGAUGCAUUCUUAUAGCUCUCAGCUUUAAGGAACAUAAGAUGCUCCCUAAGGUUCUGCCUUUGAAAGCCCCUGUAAGCUGAGUUUUUAAAGGCUGCAGUAGAGUGAUAAGACUAUAGGAUUUGAUGCAUUUACAUGGAGUAAGAACUCAGGCUUAUACUCUGUGUUUUUAUUGCUGCAGCAUAAGCCUCAAGGGUUUUACAGUCUUAAUUUCAUGUAAUGAACUAGACGAGGAUUAUGGAAUUACCCAAAUUAAUAGUGUUUAUCGGCGAAUGCUCUCACUUUAAUUGAUGCACAUGGUGCCUUUAUUAUGACACUAGGCCAGAGUUCCUGAUGCACUCUCUUGUUUGUGUUUCCUGUUUUAUAUUCUCUCUCUUAUUCAGUGCCGCCAAGCAUAGCAACUGUCUCAAAAACAACUGUUGAAUAUUCAUGUGGAUCAGCGUCUGGUACAAAUGAAUGCAGGGACCGGUGUGCAGAUAUUUCAUGCCGCUGACCCUCGAGAAAUCCCCGGCUACUUCGGCUCUGCACUUUGCAUUUGAAUUAAAAAAUGUACAUCUGUAAGCUCGUGACAUAGGUUCCCCCCUCACAAGGGCGUCAUUUUAAUUCUCUUCGUGUGUUGCAGCUUGUCAUGAGUCAAGAGGUUCCCAUCCAUCCCUGCUAAUGCCUGCACUGCCAUGCAUUGUGCCGUCGCCUGCUGAACAUUGUAGCAGAACAAUUAGAUGCAAAUUUUUCGAGGGUAUCCUCCGGACCUCCUUCUGAUUCUGUGCUUGACACACUGGAUUGUGUGAGUAAGACAGAUAUUCUAAUUAGAAAAAGUGCACAGCAGUUUCUCUUUUGGCGUAUGCCUGAAAAUGCCAUUAGAGCAUAAUUUAAUAAAAGCAAAGCAGCUUCUGUGACUUUUUCCAGGUCUCACAGCAAGGUUAAGAUGCUACAAAGAGGUCCAUCUAUCACUGCCUGCUUACCUUGGACAGUGUUAAGAAGAUUCACCUGACCCUUGUUCAGUGUGUGCUCUUGCACCACUAGGUGGCACUGUAGCUGUAUGUGGAACAGAUAAAUGAAGUGAUCCUCACUGCAUUUUGUCAGACUGGAGAGAAAGAAAAAUAAAACUGAGACAGAUGUGUGGAUUGAAAAACUUAUUCCAGUAAUACUGAUCCUACGACCACUACAAUGUCUGCAACUACUAUCACUGUCUCUACUGCUACUACUAACACUAUUGCUACUGCUAUUACUUGCUGUACAGUACAGUACUGUUACCUGUACUAAUACAACUGCCUGUAGUGCUGUUAGAUAUACCACUACAAUUAAUAUUACUGCAAGAACUGGUACAACUGCCAGUAAAAUAACUAAUACCACUACAAUAGGUGGUCAUAUAUGGUAUUACUACAACUACUUAUGCUCCUUUUAUUGUUACUGUUUUGUUACUUAUUUGUACCAUCAAUACUACUAGUACUACUUAAACUCAGUGGAAGAAGUAUUGCUUCAGUUAAUGUAAGGGAUCUGAAGUAAGCAAACACUACACUGUAAAAACACUACAGAAAUAUUAC